AUGAGACCAAGUGUCUUGGCCCGUCAAUUCAAACCAAUGAUUCCAAGUGUUAGAUAUAACUCUACUAAUUUCACUAUCAAUACCCAAUCACACGUCUUUAAAUAUUUGAAUGAAGGACCAAAAUAUCUUAAAUUUACCGAAGAACAUGAAUGGUUAGCUGUUCAUGAAGAUGACACCGGGUUUGUUGGGAUCACCACCUAUGCCGCCGAAGCAUUGGGAGAUGCCACCUUUAUCGAAUUACCGGAAGUUGGAACCACGGUUGAUAUUGGAGAAAACAUUGGAUCAGUUGAAAGUGUUAAAUCAGCAAGUGAAAUCUAUAGUCCAGUUCACGGAGAAAUCAUUGCGGUUAAUGACAUUUUGGAAAGUAAACCCCAACUAAUUAAUGAUGAUCCAAUGGGGAACGGAUGGAUUGCCCAAAUCAAAUUAUUAGAACCAACUACAGUUGAAUCAAGUAAAGAAUUGAUGGAUAGUGAACAAUAUGAAGAUUCCUUAAAAGAUGAAUAG